AUGCUUUACAAAUCUGAUAAUGAAAAACAUGAAUAUCAAUGUGUUUACAAAAGUCCAGCUUUUACUAGUUUUACUAUAAUAAAUCUUCAGUUCAAACUUGAAAUUGAUGGUCAAUUACAAGUUGUAUUUAAUAAUAAUAUAAAAACCUAA